AUGGAGGCCGGUAAAGGCUAUAAAAGCGCAGCGAAAUCGGUCUGGAGAAACCCAUCCGCCCACACCACACACCUCCCAGAGCCACACACCCAAUCAACCACCACCAGCAUUCUCAAAACCAAAAAAACAGACAAGAUGUCUAUUCCCGCCGCCUUCCUCCUCGCGUUCGUGAUGGUCUUGCAAGCCGCGACGAUCUCCGCUGCGCCCACCGAGAUGAAACCCAAGAUUUGUCGCCGCGACGGCAGCAUGGCCACCAAGGGCUGCUAG